AUGGACGAGGUUAAACAGAUUAAACUCCAGUUGGAAUCCAUAAAAAACAUUGAAAAACAGGUAACUUCUAUUAAUCAAAAAUUGUCAGAAGUUGAAAAAAAGAUGAAAUCCAUGGAUUCCCGACUAGAGGAAAACGAGAAAUCGUGUGAUUUUAUGUCGUCAGAAUUGGAUAAGUCGAAAUUAGAUGUGAAAAAAACAAAAGAAGAUUUGAAAAAAAUGCAUAAAUCUGUUCAAGGUUUAGAAAAAAACUCUGAUAAGUUAUUUGAUAAAACGGAGAAAUUAGACGAACAGUUAGUGGACUUAGAAUCGCGAUCAAUGCGUAACAAUUUAUUAUUCUACGGAAUACCAGAGGAGGGCACCGAUGAAAACUGUAAGCAGCUAGCAAAAGACUUCUGCAAAAAUAUAUUGAAAAUCUCAUCCGCAAAUGAAUUUGUGUUCGACAACGCACAUAGAAUUGGGGAGAAAAAAGGUUCGAAACCCAGACCCGUGGUGGUCAGAUUUCAUUACUUAGAGGAACGUGAAGCUGUCCGGAAAUCGUCCUUUGAACGGGAUAUCGCCGACGCUAUGAAAUCAGCAAAAAGGGGCGUCGGGGCCCAACUACCUAGAAGUGUCAGGGAGGCACGAAAGCCACUGUAUCCAGUCAUGAAACGCGCCAGGGAUGAACACAAAAACGUAAAAUUCAUUGGGAAAAAACUUUUCAUUGAGGGAGAAGAGUACAUACCAGACAUUCCUAUGGAAUAG